ACAGUGAUCUACUGCCUGGCCCAGCGUAGUCAGGACACAGAGAGAGAGACAGCUGCUGGGAACAACUACUGCCUAGAGACCCCCUAAGCUCAUAAAAAAAUGAGGGAGGUUAUCUCAGUGCAUAUCGGACAGGCUGGCAUACAGAUUGGCAGUGCAUGCUGGGAACUGUUCUGCCUGGAGCACGGCAUCCUGCCGGAUGGCACCUUGCCGGAUGAGACGAACCUGGGCAGCUCAGACGAUUCCUAUGGCACAUUCUUCAACGAGACUGGCAAUGGAAAACAUGUGCCUUACGCGGUCAUGGUGGAUCUGGAGCCAUCGGUAGUAGAUGAGGUACGGGCUGGAGCAUAUCGCCACCUCUUUCACCCAGAGCAGCUAAUCACAGGGAAGGAAGAUGCAGCCAACAACUACGCCCGUGGCUAUUACACAAUUGGCAAGGAAAACAUUGACUUGGUGCAGGAUCGCAUACGGAAACUGACUGAAGCCUGCUCAGGACUGCAGGGAUUCCUCAUCUUCCAUAGCCUUGGAGGUGGCACGGGCUCCGGCUUCACCUCACUACUAAUGGAGCGCCUUUCUAUGGACUACGGGAAGAAAUCCAAGCUGCAAUUUGCCAUAUAUCCGGCACCCCAGUUUUCCACCACAGUGGUGGAUCCUUACAACUCCGUCCUGACCACACACACUACCCUGGAGCACUCAGAUUGCACCUUCAUGGUUGACAAUGAGUCCAUUUCCAACAUCUGCAGACAGAACCUGGAGAUUGACCACCCUUUUUACAAUGACAUUAACCGAAUCAUAAGCCAAACCGUGUCCUCCAUCACCGCCUCACUGCGCUUUGAUGGGGCUCUCAAUGUGGACAUGACAGAUUUCCAGACAAACCUGGUCCCAUAUCCACGCAUCCAUUUCCCUCUGGUCACUUACGCACCCAUAAUUUCAUCCCAGAAGGCGUACCACGAGCAGUUGUCAGUGGCCGAGAUUACCAGCUCCUGCUUUGACCGCUCCAACCAGAUGGUGAAGUGUGACCCACGUCACGGAAAAUACAUGGCCUGUUGUAUGCUCUACCGUGGUGAUGUGGUGCCCAAAGAUGUCAACGUGGCAAUUGCCAUCAUCAAAACCAAGAGAAUGAUACAGUUUGUGGAUUGGUGUCCUACAGGAUUUAAGGUUGGCAUUAAUUACCAGCCCCCAACCCUGGUGCCUGGGGGGAACCUAGCCAAAGUGCAGCGAGCAGUGUGCAUGCUUGGUAACACUACUGCCAUCGCCGAGGCCUGGGCACGACUGGACUACAAGUUUGACCUGAUGUACGCCAAGCGCGCAUUCGUGCACUGGUACUUGGGCGAAGGCAUGGAGCAAGGGGAGUUCGUAGAGGCCCGCGAGGACCUCGCCUCACUGGAAAAAGACUAUGAGGAGGUUGGAAUAGAUUCCUCUGAAGAUAUUUGAAGGAGAAGUGUAAAUCAAGGCGACUCCAAGGUUGUCACCCAGAUUAUUGAGUUAAUCUACAAUAAAAGUUACACAAACUA